CCCGCUGCGCGUGUCUGUUUGCCGUUAUGCGCGUUGCCGUGUUUGCUCCGCGCUCUCGUUGCGAUGUGACGUGUUCUUAUUUAUUUAUUUGAAGUAGGCGGAUUUUGUUAAGCAAACAACUACUGUAGCAAAGAAUUUCAUAGUGAUUUUGCUCUUUCGGUCACGGUUUAUAGGUCUAAAAUCAGUUCUAUUGUGGUUUGAAAUCUCAAUGCGAUUGCGGCAAAGAGUAAACAUGUCAAAGAAAGCACAAGCUGUAGACACGACAGUUUUGAACAAGACAAUGAUUGUCGGUAAAUUUGUCGAUUCUAGUCAAGCUGAAGAUCGUAAAAUGAUUCGACUUGUGAAAGAAAGAAGAUUAUUGUAUGCACGAAAUAAUAUGCCCGUAGCCAGUUAUUACACGCAAGUAAAACGCCUCUGGGAAGAGGUUGCAAACGAAAUGGGAUGGAUUGUUCCAGAGGUACGUAGGAAAUGGUCGCACAUUCGCAAUUCAUAUUCGCGACAUUUAAGAAACGAGAUGCAAGGCGCGCGGACGGGCAAAGGCCGGAUGGUGUCGAGGUGGUACCUGGCUGACGAGUUGGAGUUCCUUAGGGAACAUAUGGCUACUGAUACGCGUGUUUCUCCUAAUCCUCCGUACGCGCCAACAUUUCUGGAAAUGGACCUGACAGAAUCAUCAAGUACAGAACAAGUAGACGUCAAACCAUUCAUUCAUAAUCAAUGGUUUGCAAUGAACUCACCUCCAACAGGUUUUAAAGAACCAAAAGUUGAACCAUCAUUACACGAUGACAGUUCUAAUUCUCAAGCAUUCGGUCCUGACGAAACAUCGUCAUAUUUUCAAUUCUUUCGUGGUAUUUAUAAUGAUUAUCAAGAACUUUCAACAAAAAAGCAAAGACUUUUUAAAAGACAAUGUUUGAAUUUCCUUCACGAUUUACUUGACGAAGAGGAGGAUCAACAAACUACUUAUGAUCAAAGUGAUGCUGUUAAUUUGUCAUAUUCAGGACACAGUGAGGAAGAAAGAGAUACGAAAGAAAAUGUUAGCUUCAGUAUAUUACCUUCUGUGUAACUAUAUGUUAAAUAACUAUAAAUGGACUGGCUAUACGAUGCAUAAUUUUGUGCGUAUUUGACUUUCGCCAUAUUGGCGAUGAUAGCGAUUUGCAGCGGUGGAUUUAAACUAAUAAUAUAAACAAAUUAAUUGCCACGUAACAACAGGCCCGUUAAAAUCGUAACUUAGUAAAAUCAGUCAUUUUUAAGCAAUCGCAAUUAUUAAAUUUGUUAAAUGGAUAGAUAGACCCAGGCAACCUAUAGUUGGAGUGUUUCAUUCAAGUUUGACGUUUAAUCGCUUGACGAUUUCCGAAAUGUCAUUGUCGUGUGUCACGUGACGCAGUGCAGUGUACUUUUUACCCAAUUUGGGUAAAUGCAACUUAAAAUUAAAAAAAAUAAUUAAACUGUUUGUUAAGACGUUAAUGAUUGAUUAUUUAA